UACUGUUUUGCCCCGCUGCAUGGACAUACCUCUUGCGUCGCAGCUUCCUCGCUCGUGCGGCACGAGCACCCUUGCCAUGCGUCGUCUGCGGGGGACAGCUGCUUCUUGUUUGCUCCUUCAUCGGAGUCGUGGGUGCGAGCCGCGACCGCUGGCUCACAAGGUGAGUCUGUUUUGGACCUCCGCUCUGUGGCUUGGCAAGCUCGACUGGCGGGUGAUGGCCUGGUGCGGGCAGGAAGGCAGUGAGAGCCGUGUAUUCAUCGGUGCGAGGCGAGUGCAGCUCUCUUGCCGUUCGGCGGUUGGAAAGGAAAGCAACACAACAGAUGUGCGAAUGUGAAUGCUACAGCGAAGCGUCUGAGCCCCGAAGUACAAGGUUGUCACCUCCGGUCACUGCAUACAGACAAAGAAACGAACGAAGCGAGG